GAGGAGCAGGUCAAAUCCCUUGAAUCUCGAUUCAGAGCCAUCUCCACGGAGCUGUCUGAGCUGCGCUCCUAUCCUCCCGACCGCAAGGUCAAAGGUCGCGAGCUGGAAGAGCAUCGGCAGCGGGACGAGUAUCUGGAUUUUGAGAAAACACGCUAUGCGACCUACGUCAUGCUGCUGCGAGCUAAGAUCCGGAGCGGGGAGGAGGACCUGUCGGUGUUCGAGUCCCAGCUGCUGGAGGACAACGGGCUGCAGAGGGCCCACUCCAGCCCCACGCUGCAGGACAGCAGCCAGGCCAGCCAGGCCAGCCAGGCCAGCAGCACCCGGGACGGGGGCAACAGCAGCAGAGCCAGCGGCUGCAGCAGCAAAGUGCGAGCGGAGGGUCAGAGACACAGCUACCGACAGGCCGUCAAGAAGUGA